AUCUUCGGUGUGAGUUUACCUAGCAGGCUGGUUGUUGUUGGAAACAUGGCGUCCCAGUGCAGCCUCUCUACUUUAUUUCCUAUCCAAAGUGAGCUGGAUUGCGCCCUAGAUGACGCUACGACAGAACAAGAGAAAGAAAAUCUCACCAAAGAGUAUUUGAAGAAACUGGACGAAAGAGAGGAUCUGAAGAUACCCGAUUUCCAGACAGGCUUGGAAUGGCUGAACACGGAGGGGCCUCUGUCUUUGAACAAGGAGCUGUCUGGUAAAGUGGUGCUGCUGGACUUCUUUACUUACUGCUGCAUCAACUGCAUGCACAUCCUGCCUGACCUGCACCAUCUAGAGAAGAAGCACUCUGCCAAAGAUGGACUGGUUGUUGUUGGAGUGCACUCAGCUAAAUUCCCCAAUGAAAAGGUCCUGGACAACGUUCGCAGCGCCGUGCUCCGCUACGACAUCUGCCACCCAGUGGUGAACGACAGCGAGGCACUCCUCUGGCACGAACUGGAGGUGUCCUGCUGGCCCACGCUGGUCUUACUGGGCCCACGUGGCAACCUGCUCUUCUCCCUGGUGGGCGAAGGCCACCGCGACAGGCUGAUGCUUUUUACCGACAGCGCCCUCCGUCACUACGGGGAGCAGGGUCUUCUGAAGACGCACACAGUGGGGAUCAAGCUCUACCGAGACUCCCUGCCACCCAGCGUCCUGUCUUUCCCUGGGAAGGUGGCCGUAGACAGCAGCAGGAAAAGACUGGCCAUAGCAGACACUGGACAUCACCGCAUUCUGGUGGUUUCCUUGUCUGGACAGCUGUUGCAUGUCAUAGGAGGGCCAAAAAGUGGUAGACAAGAUGGCGAGUUGUCCGAAGCUUCCUUUAACUCCCCUCAAGGUGUGGCCAUUAAAGGGGAAGAUGUAUACGUGGCCGACACAGAAAACCACCUGAUCCGUAAGAUUGACCUGCUAGAGAGACGGGUCAGCACUCUGGCUGGAGUAGGAGCUCAAGGCACAGACAAAGAGGGGGGCGCGAUGGGACCCCAGCAGCCCAUCAGCUCUCCUUGGGAUGUGACUCUCGGCACGGCCGGCGGAGCUGAAGGUAACGUCCUGUGGAUAGCCAUGGCAGGGACCCACCAGAUCUGGGCUUUGUUCCUAGCAGAUGGGAAACUGCCCAAAGGAAGCGAAUCCAAGGCAGGAACGUGCUUGCGAUGGGCAGGCAGCGGCAGCGAGGAGAACCGAAACAACUCGUACCCCCACAAGGCCGGCUUUGCUCAGCCUUCAGGCCUGGCUUCGGCCCCAGAGGAGCCCUGGGGCUGCCUGUAUGUGGCCGAUAGCGAAAGCAGCACCAUCCGCACGCUGGCUUUGAAGGACGGAGCCGUGAAGCUGCUGGUCGGAGGAGAGAGGGACCCACUGAAUCUUUUUGCCUUCGGGGAUGUUGACGGGAAAGGGGUGGAUUCUAAGCUGCAGCAUCCUCUCGGUGUUGCCUGGGCUCCUGAACAAAGCAUGCUCUAUGUGGCUGACUCCUACAACCACAAGAUCAAGGUGGUGGAUCCAAAGGUAAAGCAGUGUAGCACAUUAGCGGGGACUGGAGAGUCUGGAGAUACUCUGGGCCCUGAAUUUAACAAAUCCUGCUUCAAUGAACCUGGAGGAAUCUGUGUGGGCGACGGCGGCAAGAUUCUCUACGUGGCCGAUACCAACAACCACCAAGUCAAAGUUCUGGACCUGUUCUCCAAGACUGUUUCACUGUUCCCCAUUUCUACGGACUGCACAGAUUCAGUACCUACAAAGCCUCUUGGUGCUACCAAAGCCCCCAAGCUGCCGAAAUCAGCUGCCAGGAAAGAAAUGCCACCAGUGGUAGUGUCAGCUGGUCAGACUCUCAUCAUGUCACUCACCCUGUCGCUUCCAGAAGGAACCAAACUCACGGAAGAGGCCCCCAGCUGCUGGGCGCUCUCAGCUGAGGGUAACGAAUGGCUGCUAGAAAGUCGGGUGGUUACCGGUGAAAUUGAGGAUCUGUCGAAGCCUCUCUCCAUCUCAACCAAACUUCCAGCUGUUAUAAAGGACUUCAACAGCAAUCCAAGCCUCACUUUGGUCGUAUGGUUGUACUACUGUAUGGAAACAGGUAACGCUUGUAUGAUGAAAGCAGCCUCCUUCACCCAGCCUCUUCAAAUAAGUGCCAAUGGUGGAGAGGAGGAAAUCACUGUGGCGUUGGCUCACGCCCUCUAAAACCUCUGACCUGUCUUAGUCAUUAUAGUCCCAGAAUCAACACUUUCUGUGGUGUUUAAACGACAUUAUUACUUUUUAGCUCAGCUAACCCCAGCUCCUGUUUUGUUCAUAGUUCUGGGAGAAGAAAACACAGAUCGACUGUCACUUUUAACAAAAAAGCAAAUCGUGCAUAUCUGAUUUUUAGGUGAAUUUAAUUUCAAACUACUCAGAAGCCUCUUCUAGGAAACAUAAUGCUCCAGUGCUGUAAUGCCCUUCACUGUGAGUGUUGGUUAUUGAUAGGAAUGCAAAUAGUUGCAUAGGCAUGUAAUAAAAACUAUACAGCAAACACACCUGCAGCCUAUAAAUGAUCAUCUACAUGAUGGGAUAUUAAUGCGAAAGAUGAAAUGAUUAUGUGGAGGAUUAAAAAUGCUUUCAAAUACUGAAACGUUCUAAAGAUUUUCACCUGAACCACCAGAUAGAUGUGUAUUUCAAAGACUAGACAGUUUACAUUAGGUUAUUGUGAACACAAUAACCUAAUGUAAACCUACCCACAACCUACAAUAAGUAAUUACUAAAUUAUUUCUGGAAAUAAAAGAAAUGGUGGAAACUUUUUAUCACAAAUAUCAAGAGAGCUUUUUCUUUUAGGCCCGUGAAUAAUUACAUAGUCAGAUCUUUAAAGGGAUGUUUAAAGAAGAGGAUAUCUGAAUCGUAAAAAAAAAAAAGUUUUAUUCUGCUUUUGCUGGCGUAAGGCUAGCUUUUAAAUGUUAAUAUUGAGUUAGAAAGAGAAAUAAAAGGACAGAAUUGAAACUUGCGUCUCGAUAAGUUGACGAGACGUUAUCUAUGCAUAGACCGACAUUGUUAUUAUCAUUAAUAUAUUAGAAACUCCAUUGGAUUAAAUCACGUCUUCACUUUGUACUUUUUAAAAUAAUGAUAUAUUUCCAUAUGUGUGGUUAGUACUUGGUCCAGCUUUCAUAAAUGUGUCACCACGGACCGAGCAGUCCUAAGUUGUUCACAAAGUUCACACUCGUAGCUUAAAGCUCUGUUCUGUCUCCACUCCCUGUAUGACUGAUUAUACUUUUGAUUAUGAUUAUUCACUAAACAAGGAGCUCUUUUGAUUUAAACCAUAAAAUAUUGCUUUUAUCUAUGUAAUGAAUAAAGUGUCUUUUAGAAGAGGAGGCAACCACUUUGUGAACUGAUGACUUCAAGGGUUAUUGUAGUGUAUAAGAAUGAUUAAAAUCUCUCUGAACAAGCAUUGAUACCCUUCAUCGCUACGCCACAAAGGGAAGAUAAUAUGAAAGAGAUGCUCUGUACGGUGGGUGUGAACGCGAUGACAUUCCAGCUGCAUCAGAAGCAAUAACAAUAUAUUUCUGUAAUGGGAGAAAUGUUUUUUUAUGAUAAAUGAACUGCAAAAAUCUUGGAGCUCCACUUUGUUAUUCCUCUGGUGUUUUCUUAAUGAACAGCAAUGAGCUUGACUGACUGCUGGUAGCGUUCCUUCAUUUUCUCACUUGAUUUCUUCUUCUGUCCCAAUGCUACACUUUUUAGAUGCAACAGGGUGAACUAAUAAAAUAUUUUCCUCUA